AUGCCCGGCUGCCACCGUUGUCCCACGGACCCGCUCAUGUUGUUCCACCGCUGCGCCGGGUGGCCGUCACCUUAUACCAACAGCAGCGACAAUAUUAUGCAGAAUAAUGGAAGCACCCCCACGAGCCCGACAGGACGAUCGCAAGGGCAAGGGUACCCUUACACACCCAACCUCCCCCACAAUCAGCCAGGGCAGUAUAUGCCGAACCAGUUACCAUACCAGAUACCGGCCUCGCCGAUGUCAUUGAACGGCUACAACUCGGGGUCCGGACUGAAUAGCGGCUUGACGGUGCCUAUCCACACCUCAAACGGACAAGAGCACUACAAACAUGCUGGUCGUUUAUCUCAUCCUGUACCAUCUGAGAGUCGUGCGACUUCAUUCAGUCAGCAUCCCUCCUUAUUACCUCCCGCCCUUCCCGGGCCCAUCGUGAGGGAUGUAGUAGGUUCUGAAGCUAUGACCUACGCCGCCAACCUCAGGCGUCAAACCUCGGCAAGGUUCUACUGCCCGCACUGCCCGAGCAGCUUUACAGCAAGGCACAACCAUCGUAAUCAUAUUCUGGCUCACAGUGGCCAACGUCCGUUCAGAUGCGAUGUUUGCAAUGCGUCCUUCACCACUUCCGGAGAUCUCAGACGCCAUAAGAGGACGAGGAGACAUGCGCAAAUGCUUCAGUGUUGA